AUUUUUAAAUGUUUACGAUUUUAAGAAUAUUUAGCUCUUUGGUCAGUUUUACAUCGUGUAUUUCGAGUUUACAAUUUGAGAAGUAAUCUUGAAGAUGGUAGAGGGUCUGAAGGAAUUUCUAGGAAGUUCGAAAACUUUUGGGCCAUCGUGCGCCUACAUCUCUCCGUUACGAAGUGUUAAUUGCUUAUACGAGAUGAAGUAAAGGUGUAGGCUGAAGUUUCUGAUAAUUGUGAAUUUUGAGCGUUGGUCCUGGAUCCUUAAAAAUUGACUAAUGCCAAAGCUACGAACUAAAUACUUUUAGAAUUAUAUUUUUAUAUAAUUUUAUUUCUUUAACAUCACUUGUCUUACUUUCUUACCCUUAGCCGACUAAACACCAUAAUCUUCCCAGUAUUAAGUCAUUUUGCAGUUUUUGUGCGGAAAAUAAAUAGUUCCAUGUCCAUGCAAUGUACAAACUCCUUCUUGUCAUGAGCAUACUAUUUUUUACGCGAUUUAACCAUCAUGACAUGUAAGACUUUAUGAAAUAAAAGAUCUGUUUAACAUAGUCCAGACAGAGGAGCGCUGUAUUGUUAGAAACCGUAAAGUACCAUAAUCACGACUGACAACCAUAACUUUGAUCGAACAGGCCUAAUGUAUUUUAUACACCUUUACAAAAUCGACCCAAAUUUUUCAAUCGACUCAGGUUCGUCGCGUUGAAAUUGUAGAUCGUGUUCGAUAGCAACCCUACUACCAGGUACGACCGCACGUCCGAAGACUAUUAUCCGAUGGCAAUGUUGACGAAGCUCGAGCUGGUGAAAAAGGACACCAAUACGGACGCGGCCAAGAAAAGCCCUACAUCAGCGACGGGUAACGACACGACGCCGGCCAACAGCCAGCCGCAGAAUUUCAUCAAGCAGGAGGUGAACGACGAGGACGACGAAGAGGAUCUACCGCUGGCGUACCACUGCAAGCUCUGCGGCGUGUUCUUCGCGUCUCAAGCCUUGCUGGACAAUCACGAGAUCGAGCACAAGGGUAAACGCAAGAACACCUGCGCCCAGUGUGGACGCGUGUUCCGAACGUACGUGAACUUGCGGAAGCACAUGAAGAAACACGCGAGCCGCAAGAGUGGUCGCAAAGGAGGCAGCGGUUCGGUCGUCAACCGUUCGUCCAAUCUGAAGGUGAAGAAGGAGAAGACAGAACUAGAGUUCCACUGUAAAACGUGCAACAAGGUGUUCCGGCAUAAAAGCAAUUACCAGAAGCAUCUGAUGCGACACACCGUGGGCGACCUAACCUGCAAACACUGUCCCAAGAAGUUCCGUUUGUUCCGUGACCUGACUAGGCACGAGAAGACGCACUUCUACCCCAGCUACGUGUGCAAGGAGUGCGACUACGAGACCACCGUGUUGGCAGCACUGAGCAUACACAUGCUGCGGCACACGGACAAGGCCGACCUGCCCUUCAAGUGCAACGACUGCGACAAACGUUUCCGCAAGGCGAUAGAUCUGCAGGAGCACUAUAACAUCCACUCCGGAGACCAGCCGUUUGUCUGCCAGUUGUGCAACAGCGCCUUCUACCUGAGACGACAGUUGUCGGCUCACUGCAGGCGCAUGCAUCCGGAGAUGAAGGCCAACAAGGUAACCAGCACCGCCUGCGAUAUUUGUGGUCGAGUCCUAGCCACGAAGAGAUCCCUGUUCCGUCACAAAGAGAGCCACAAUCCCACCAAGCUGUACCUCUGCGACUACUGUGGCAAGAGUCUGAGCAGCGCGGAGCACCUGAAGAAGCACAGACGCAUCCACACCGGCGAGAAACCGUACGUCUGCGAUAUCUGUGGCAAGGGAUUCACCGAUUCGGAGAACCUGAGGAUGCACAGGAGGGUGCACACCGGAGAAAAACCGUACAAAUGUGACCAGUGCCCGAAGGCGUUCUCCCAGAGGUCCACCUUGACGAUCCACAGGCGAGGACACACGGGAGAACGACCUUACGUCUGUCAGAUCUGCAACCGUGGCUUCUCCUGCCAGGGCAACCUGACGGCUCACCAGAAAUCCACCUGCGUUUAAUUCGCAAGAGUGCCUUCAUCGUCGAGGGUAGAACUCUGAAACGGAUCCACAAGCUCUUUGGUGCUCAUCAUUGUGCAGACAUUCACUGUUCGACGAAUGGCCGGUUUCUCUGUGAUUGCCGACGAAACGAACGGACUGAUGGGGAAUUGUUGAAUAAUAUACGUUCGUUUUAUCAUGGUUCAUGGUGUCGUUCGAUGCAUCUGCGAUUGCGAUUGUAUUACUCGUUUAAUGUUACAUGUUUCGAUGCUUGCUGCAGUUUUUCACGAUGUUCUUUCGAGCCGAAUUCGAUCGCAGUUGGUUUUAUUGUUUCGGAUUACGUUACGAUCAUUUUACUUUAAGCAAUUGUUACACCUUCGCGGUUGCAUGGGCUCGCUGCGACGAGAGGUUGGCGUUUUGUUGCGUGGAGGGGUCUGUGAAGGUCGACUGUACGUUAAGUGUUAAUUAGGGAUUAAUAAAAUUGCGACAAAUAGGAUUGGUAGCAACGGUAUCGUUCCCUUUUACGUCCUCAGAGUUAAACGAUUGUUCGAAAAUGCGAAGGCACUGUAAAAGCACAUAUCAGAAAAUAAUGUUUACUGCAGAACAGAUGUGCGACGAUCAGCCAAUAUCUCAGAAAUGAAUAUAAAUACUGACAAAAUGUGAAUGUUCUAAUUGUUUGAGUUUUAGCAAUGGUAUCUCAAAUGUUGGAAAAAAAUUUGUUUUUAAACUUAUAUCAGACUCAUUUCAUUUAGGGAAUUAACUGGUGUGUAGGGUUUAUGUAGAUGACUAUUGAACCGAUAUGAUGGCUCAUCGUUGCAGGCUUCAACUUCUGUAAAAAUUUAGAGAUUUUUAAAUUCAUAAAGUUUUGGAUUAAUUACAGAUUUUUAAUGUACGAAUUCAGACAUUGUAAAACCUUUAAAUUUUUAAGUUUAAAAAGAAAUUAUAUAAUGUAAAUAUCUUAAGAAUCAGAAGUAUGAUGAAAAAUAUAUUGGUUCUGUCCGAUCUCCGAAUAUUUCCGAACGUACAUUCUUAAUAGAUGAAGAUAUAAAAUAAUAUAUAGAAUCAAGUUAUCAUAUUGGAAUUUUAAUUUCAAACGUUUUGUUCGAUUAACUCUUUGAACCCCCAUGUCACAAUUGUUCUAAAUUUAAAAACAAACAAAACCCAUUUUUGCGAUGUAUUAUUAAUAAACUUCUAGAAUCAAAAAAUGAAA